UUUCUUCAGAUUGAGGGCUGGAAGGAGUGGUUUGUCCUGCAGCUUUGAUAAGGAGGUGGCGUUGUCAGCAGUUAUAAAGUCCGAUUCUGUAAUACGAAGUCUUCCUGCAUCAAUACUGCAUUACAGCACAAUGUCUUACCUUCCAACCCUCUUCAAAUAUGUGGACGAACACCAGGAUGAAUACGUUCAGCGCCUGGCUGAGUGGGUGGCCGUGCAGAGUGUCUCAGCCUGGCCUGAGAAACGUGGAGAGAUCAAAAAAAUGAUGGAGAUGGCAGUGAAAGACAUAGAGAGGCUGGGAGGCACGGCAGAGUUGGUAGACCUCGGAAAACAGAAGCUGCCAGGUGGUGAAGAGAUUCCUCUUCCUCCUAUAAUCCUGGGCAGUCUAGGCUCAGACCCAGGCAAGAAGACCGUGUGUAUCUAUGGACACCUGGAUGUCCAGCCUGCGCAUAUUGAGGAUGGUUGGGACUCUGAGCCUUUCACUCUGGUGGAGCGAGACGGAAAACUUUAUGGGCGUGGAUCUACAGAUGACAAAGGCCCUGUGCUCGCCUGGUUUAACGUCAUCGAGGCGUUUCAGAAGAUAGGACAGGAGCUGCCCAUCAACAUCAAGUUCUGCUUCGAGGGAAUGGAAGAGUCCGGCUCUGAAGGUUUGGAUGAUUUGGUGUUCUCUCGCAAAGACACAUUCUUUAAGGAUGUAGACUAUGUUUGCAUCUCGGACAACUACUGGCUGGGCAAGACCAAGCCCUGCAUUACCUAUGGCCUGAGAGGAAUCUGCUACUUCUUUUUAGAGGUGGAAUGCUCUGAUAAGGAUCUGCAUUCUGGAGUGUUCGGAGGCUCCGUCCAUGAAGCCAUGACGGACCUGAUCACUCUCAUGGGCUCGUUGGUGGAUCAUAAGGGAAAGAUCCUGGUGCCAGGGAUGUAUAAAGAUGUUGCUAAGCUCACAGACGAGGAAACAAAGCUUUAUGAUAAGAUCGAGUUUGACCUGGAAGAGUACACCAAAGACACGGGAGCCCAACGUCUACUGCACAACACUAAGGAGCAAGUGUUGAUGCACCGCUGGAGAUACCCAUCUCUUUCACUGCAUGGCAUUGAGGGCGCGUUCUCUGCCAGCGGAGCCAAAACGGUCAUACCACGCAAAGUCAUUGGCAAGUUCUCCAUCCGCCUGGUGCCUGACAUGGACCCCAAAGUGGUGGAGGAACAGGUCGUCUCCCACCUCAAUAAGAAGUUUGCCGAGCUGGAGAGCCCCAACAAAUUAAAUGUGCAACUGGGCCAUGGAGCCAAGGCCUGGGUGUCUGAUUUUAACCAUCCUCACUAUAUGGCUGGCAGAAAAGCCAUGAAGACUGUGUUUGGCGUCGAACCUGAUCUGACCCGUGAGGGAGGAAGUAUCCCCGUGACUCUGACAUUCCAGGAGGCUACAGGACGCAACGUCAUGCUGCUUCCCCUUGGCUCAUCGGACGAUGGCGCUCACUCCCAAAACGAGAAACUCAAUAGGACCAACUACAUCCAGGGUACUAAAAUGUUGGGUGCUUACUUCCAUGAAGUAUCUCAGCUUAGUUAACAGGAUUCAUGUGGAUCAGUAUAACCAAGUUGGCUUGAUAAGGGAAUAAAAAUGGUCUUUCUUAUUAAAUUACGAUAUUUUGUUAAAUGUAGUCUGUAACGCCAUCGUGCCCAGGAAGUGUAUCAAAAAUGGUGGUAACUGUAACCAGCACUUAUUUUCAGUGACUAACACAAGCAGCCAUCUACAGCAUCAGCUCUGGAGUAUUUAAUGCAUACAUAAAUCUCCGUAUUUGUGAGGAGUCAGCAGUCUGGGUGAUCUAAUGACUGACCAAGCUAGAGCUAUAGUAACACAACACCUGACACAAGAUGCAUGUUCUCACAUGUAGCAAGUAAAGAUGGUUCUUAUGUUUAAUCCAUUGUUGUUCAAAGUAAGGCUUAAACCUGGGGCUGUAAAAAUGGUUGGUUCUGGCAAAGUCUUAUGACCAUGCUCUUUGAUCAAUAACAGGAAGUAUGACUGUUAAGGCAUUUUUUGUUUAAAUCUUUGAUUGUAGAAUGUCUCUUGCAUAAAUUCAUCAACAAUAAAUGUCUGCAUUGCUUA